UUGCUAUUUUUUAUAUACUUUAUUGAUUAUACUUUUGUCUAUACGUUUAAACAUGGAAAAUAACGCGGCAAAUGUGUAUAUUCCGGCCUUUUAUGCCGGCCGCAGUAUUUUUAUAACCGGUGCAACAGGUUUCUUGGGGAAAGCACUUAUUGAAAAGCUUCUGCGAUCUUGUCCCGAAGUAGCAGAAAUAUUUAUAUUGAUCAGACCAAAAAAGGGACUGAGCGUUAAUGAGAGGCUUAAAAAAAUGUUAAAUAACAAGUUAUUCGACAAACUAAGAAAUGAACAACUAUCCAGUUUUGACAAAAUCAUCCCUGUAACAGGAGAUGUAGCCGCUGAAAAUUUAGGAUUGCUGGCCGUAGAUCGUGAAAUUUUAAUUGACAGAGUAUCCAUAAUUUUUCACGUUGCCGCUAGCGUCAGAUUUGAUGAAAGGCUCCAAGAAGCGGUCUUUAAUAAUACUAGAUCAACACGUGAUAUUUGUAUCUUAGCCGAAAAAAUGAAAAAAUUGGUAGUUCUGUUGCACAUUAGUUCAACAUACACGCAAAUUGAUAAACCUGUAGUGGACGAGAUCAUAUAUCCUACAGAAUUUGACUGGAAAAAAAUGAUAAAGAUUGCCGAAUCCAUCGACGAGCACGCACUUGAAAUAUUAACAGCAAAAAUUCUAGGAACGAUGCCAAACACUUACACGUUUACUAAAAGAUUGGCUGAGCAAGUGAUAAGCGAUUAUUCCAGAUCAUUGCCUUGUGUUCUCAUGAGGCCUUCAAUUGUCAUAUCAACAUUAAUUGAUGAUCCUAUAUCGGGAUGGCUUGACAAUUUCAAUGGACCUGUUGGAUUACUAAUUGGAGGUGGCAAAGGCAUAUUACGAGUGCUGUGGUGUGAGCCUAACAUUAUUUCCGAUUUUAUGCCAGUUGAUGUAGUCAUCAAGGCUCUUAUAAUUGUUGCGUGGAAACAUGGAAUCAAAAUUGAGAACAAAAUUGAUGUUUACAACUGUUCCGGAAACAGUAUAAAGCCUAUAACCUUAGAAAGUAUGGUUAGCUUAGGUUUGGGCUUGACAAAGGACGUACCUAUGGAUAAUAUACUUUGGAAGCCAGGAACGACAAUAACAAAAAAUUUUCUCAUAUAUUACGUAUUAAUUUUGUUAUUACACAUUUUACCAGCAAUUUUUUUGGAUGGCGUUAUGAAAUUAUUUGGUGUGCGCCCAAUCUUACUCAGAUUACAAAGAAAAGUGUACGUGUCUAACAGCGCUCUGUCAUACUUUUUGUUAAAUCAAUGGAAAUUUAUUAAUACAAAAUUGUUGAAUAUAUUGGAUAACCUCAGCGCCGAUAAUCGAAAAGAAUUUGGAUUCGCUUAUCAAACUGUCGACACAUUGCAAUACUUUAAAAAUGGAAUAAUUGGUGGAAAAAUAUAUUUGUUAAAUGAAAGCAUGGAUGAUAUAGAAGCAGCCAAACGUCACUAUAAAAGAAUGGAUUGGGUCGAUACAAUAACUAAGACACUAUUUAUCGUGACCAUUCUAUGGAUACUUUAUCCAGGGCAAUCCCAUGACGAUAGAACGCAGUAUCUUUCAAGGCGAGCUAUUCAUCCACCCAUUUUUGGAUUUCUUCGUAACUGGAAAAAUAUGUGUCUGUAAAUGCGUGUUGCAUUGACCGAAAGAGAUGGUAAUCUGACAGUGCCAAAUCUGGAGAGUAUGGAUGCGAGAGAACUUCUCAUUCAAGCUCUAGAAAUGUCUGCUUCACGCUUUUCGUGACAUGCGAUUGAGUGUUAUCAUGCAAUAAAAUGAUUUUACAUUGAUUGUUUACGUUGAUUAAUUACGGAUGGUCUGCGUCAACUUGUUACUCAAUCAGCAUAACUGCUGUUAGUGGAUCAGCUGUAACGAUUUUAUUUGACUGCAAGAGCUCGUAAUACAACACACCCACCCUUCCUACUAAAUACACAGUAAGGUCUUAUGCCCGUGAAUAUUCCUUUUUGACGUUGAAGUGGAUGAUUGCCUGGGGCUCACCUCUAAUUUCCUCCGCUUGGAAUUAUCAAAAUAAAUCCAUUUUUUAUUGCCAGUCACGAUACGCCACAAAAAACUCUUUUUUCUUUACCUGACAAGCAAAUAAAUCGCUAUAAACAAACGAUUCGAAAUGGCAUUUUCUGACAACUCAUGUAGUAACCAUAUCUCUUCCUUAUGAAUUUUUCCCAUGGCACGCAAGCAUUUUGAGACAGCCAUUGGAGUAACAUUUAACGCUUUUGACAAUUCUAAAAGCGUUUGAGCUGGAUUCUCAUCAAGCAAUUUUUGCUCGAUAUCUUUAAAUUUUUUUUCGGCUGUCCGGGACGUUUUUUAUCUCUCACGU